UCUUUUGCUUCUCUCUCUCUCUCUAUUGUCGUCUUCUGUCACUCUCACUCUUCCUUCCCCCUUCCCUCCCCCCCUACUAGCUUAGCUCCAGCGAACUACAAUUCUCACUCUCACAUUUCUCUACUCCCCCUUUCUCUCUCACACACUAACACCCCUACUGUGUGAACUUACCAUUUCAUACUCCCAAAAAAAUAAAGUUCAUUGCUUUACGUGUUUUUUUAGCUGUUCUUGAAAUUAUCAAACUGACCCACUUGAAAAACCCUAACAAAAAUCAGAUCCAACUCACGUUUUAGACACCCAUUUCACUAAAAACUUAUUCUUGGUUAGUUUUGUAGUUUAAAAAGCUAUGCAUUCAUAGGGCUAAAAAAUGGCUAGCUCUGACCCGAAUAAGAAACCACGGCCCGGUCCAUGGCCACCCGCACCGGAAUCUGCUGCAAUGCCACCUUCUUCUUGGGCUAAAAAGACUGGGUUUCGCCCCAAAUUCUCUGGUGAGACCAAUGCUAGUGAUUCUGGGCAAAUUGGGUUACAACAACCACAGUCUUCUCAGCCAACCCGUAGGAGAGAGUCCGACCCGAAUUUGGAUCUUGAAGCGGGUCGAGCUAGGCCUCCUAGACAGGAUAAAGCUAAUGGGGAACCUACAAGUGAAAAAGAUAAGCCUGUGAGGAAAAGGAGAGACUCUGAUGGUGGUGGGGGUGCGGUGAAUAAGAGUACUAAUGGACAAGCAGCUGGUACUACCACUGCUGCUGAGCCAGCUGCUGCAGCUGCUACGGUUCAGCAGACGGCUCGAAGAGCUUCGAGGAAUGAAGAGGCUGUGGAUACGUUGCCACAAACAGUUGAUGAUGAUGAUGGUUUUGUGUCUAGGCAUUCUCAUAUGAAGUAUGAGCUUAGGGAUACUCCUGGUCUUGUUCCUAUUGGACUCUAUGGAUUUCAACAUUAUCUUUCAAUGUUGGGAUCGUUGAUACUAAUUCCGCUUGUGAUAGUUCCAGCAAUGGGUGGUGACCAUGAGGAUACAUCAAAUGUCGUCUCCACUGUGCUCUUUGUCUCAGGAGUGACGACGCUGUUGCACACGUCAUUUGGCUCGAGAUUGCCUCUAAUACAGGGUCCUUCAUUUGUAUAUCUUGCUUCUGCACUUGCAAUAAUUCACUCCCCAGAGUUCUUAGGAUUGAAUGGAAAUAAUUUCAAGCAUAUCAUGAAGGAGUUGCAGGGAGCUAUAAUAAUUUCUUCAGCUUUUCAAGCAAUGCUUGGAUACAGUGGGCUGAUGUCAGUAUUUUUGAGGUUGAUCAAUCCUGUGGUUGUGGCUCCUACUGUUGCAGCUGUUGGACUUUCCUUCUACAGUUAUGGAUUCCCACAAGUUGGUACAUGUCUUGAAAUUGGUGCAGUGCAGAUAUUGUUGGUCGUUAUAUUCUCUCUUUACCUUCGUAAGAUAUCUGUUCUUGGUCAUCGUGUGUUUCUCAUCUACGCGGUUCCAUUGGGUCUAGCAAUAACAUGGCUUGUCGCUUUUCUCCUGACUUCAGUGGGAGCAUAUAGCUACAAAGGCUGUGAUGUGAAUAUACCAGUAUCAAAUAUAAUAUCCGACCACUGCAGAAAGAAUAUCUCUAGGAUGAAGCACUGUCGUGUUGAUACUUCUCACGCAUUAAGAUCAGCUCCAUGGUUUAGAUUCCCUUAUCCGUUGCAAUGGGGUACGCCUGUCUUCCACUGGAAAAUGGCUCUAGUAAUGUGUGUGGUGUCAAUAAUCUCAUCCGUGGAUUCGGUUGGGUCAUAUCAUGCAUCAUCAUUGUUGGUUGCAUCCAGACCUCCAACGCCAGGUGUUUUAAGUCGAGGAAUUGGUCUUGAAGGUCUUUGUAGCCUCUUGGCUGGUCUAUGGGGCACUGGAACUGGAUCUGCAACUUUAACUGAAAAUGUGCACACAAUUGCUGUUACCAAAAUGGGAAGCCGCAGAGCGAUCGAGUUGGGGGCAUGUGUUUUAAUUGUCCUGUCCCUUAUAGGUAAAGUAGGAGGCUUUAUUGCGUCAAUACCAGAUGUCAUGGUUGCAGCCCUAUUGUGCUUUAUGUGGGCAAUGCUUACCGCCCUGGGCUUGUCAAAUUUACGCUAUAGUGAAGCGGGAAGCUCAAGGAACAUUAUCAUAGUUGGCUUGUCUCUGUUCCUGUCUCUUUCUAUACCAGCCUACUUCCAGCAGUAUGGCAUCUCUCCAAACAGCAACUUGCCCGUUCCGAGUUAUUUUCAACCAUAUGUCGUGGCAUCUCAUGGUCCAAUCCGCACCAAAUUUGGAGGGCUAAACUACGUUUUGAAUACAUUGUUAUCACUUCACAUGGUGAUUGCAUUCCUGGUAGCUGUGAUCCUCGACAACACUGUACCAGGCAGUCGCCAAGAGCGUGGGGUGUAUGUUUGGUCUGAACCCGAGACAGCAAAAAGGGAGCCUGCUGUAGCCAAAGAUUAUGAGUUACCGUUCAGAGUUGGCAAAAUCUUCAGCUGGGUGAAAUGGGUUGGAUUAUAAGGCCGUGGCUAUGGUAUAGUUCGUUGCUCGAGUUUUAGCUAGCAACAUUUUUUCAAGCUCGUCUUGUGGGAAAAAUCAGUAUGACAUCGAAAAAGAGCAUCUCACAUUCAUGCGACGCAACACGUAAUUAUGACUUCUCCACAUGAUGUGAGUUAAUGGGAAAGUAGGUGUUAUAGAGAGGAGAUACUUGUGUACAUUUGAGGACGGGGGGGGAAUCUUCUGUAAUAUGAUGUUGUAUAAUCUGUAUGUAGUUUAGUUGAAAUGUCCAGGUGGACCUAUUUCCCCUUUUUGUUCCUUUUUCUUUCUUUUUGCUCCCACUUUGUUACAUUUCUGCGAGUUAUUCAGCUAUCUGAAGUUGAAAGAGGAAUCAUUUGGAGCUAUGUAUGUACUACCACACGAAGUUAAUAUUAUUCUUUUUGUGAACUAAAAAACAUUAUUAAGUUGUCA